CUGCACUUCACCAUGGGAUACCUUGUGUGCCUGAGCUGGUUGCUUCUCUGGCUUUGCACAGCUAGGACCCAAUAUGCCACUAUUCCAGAGGAAGAGAACAAGGCUGAAUUUUGGAACAGCAAAAUGAUAUCCAGGAUUGAUGAAGCCCUAAAGCUAAAGCCCAUUAAGCACAGAGCUAAGAACCUGAUACUCUUCUUAGGUGAUGGAAUGGGGGUUCCAACAGUCACUGCCACCAGAAUCUUAAGUGGUCAGAUGAAGAGCAUGCUGGGAGAAGAGAAUGAGCUGGCAAUGGACAAGUUCCCCUACAUUGCACUCUCUAAGACAUACAAUGUGGAUCGGCAGGUUCCUGACAGCGCUGGUACAGCCACUGCUUAUCUCUGUGGAGUGAAAGGCAACUAUGGAACAGUCGGAGUGACUGCAGCUGUCAAACGUUCCAACUGCAGCAAUAUCAAAGGCAAUGAGGUUGAAUCGGUUCUCAAGAAAGCAAAGGCCGCAGGAAAAUCUGUAGGAAUUGUCACUACAACACGAGUCCAGCACGCUUCCCCUUCUGGCACUUAUGCUAACACUCCUGAUCGGAAUUGGUAUAGUGAUGGCGACAUGCCCGCAAAUGCUGUAGAGGCUGGCUGUAAAGAUAUUGCCCAUCAGCUGAUUUCAAACGUGGACAUUGAUGUCAUCCUUGGGGGUGGGCGAAAGUAUAUGACUCCAGUGGGAACACCUGAUCCUGAGUACCCUGCAGACAGCAAGCAAAAUGGUAUAAGAAAAGAUGGGAAGAACCUUAUAGAAGAAUGGCUUCAGAAAAACAAGGGAGCUCAAUAUGUGUGGAACAAAGAACAACUGGAUAAAAUUGAUGUCUCCUCCGCAACACAUGUGAUGGGUUUGUUUGAGCCAUCAGAUAUGAAAUAUGAGUUGAACCGCAAUACUACUACUGACCCAUCCAUUGUGGAGCUAACGGAAAUAGCUAUCCGUCUCCUACAGAGGAACCCCAAGGGAUUUUACCUCUUUGUUGAAGGUGGAAGGAUAGACCAUGGGCAUCACGAUGGAAAAGCCAAGCAGGCACUAACUGAGGGAGUGAUGUUUGACAGGGCUAUCAAUAAAGCAGAUCAACUAACCAAUGAAAUAGAUACGCUGACUGUGGUGACUGCUGACCAUUCCCAUGUCUUCAGCUUUGGGGGCUAUACUUAUAGAGGAAGCAGCAUAUUUGGUCUGGCUCCUAAGAAGGCUUUUGACAACAAGUAUUACACGUCCAUUCUUUAUGGUAAUGGGCCUGGGUUCAACAGAACUGACCGAGGACGACCAAAUGUGAAUAGUAAUCUGAGCGAGGACGUUAACUAUAUGCAGCAGGCGGCAGUACCCUUGGAUUCUGAAACUCAUGGUGGAGAAGACGUGGCCAUAUUCUCAAAGGGGCCUAUGUCACAUUUAUUUCAUGGAGUCCAGGAGCAGACAUAUGUAGCCCAUGUCAUGGCAUAUGCAGCUUGUUUGCCUUCCUACAAAGACUGUCCUUCCCAAAACAAUAAUGCUUCCACAACCAAAGCAAGUGCUGCUCUGCUUCUGAUGCCUGCUCUCUGGCUGCUCAUCUCUGCAAUACAUGUUGGUUUCAUAUUUUGAAGAAAUGGUUGCAGGAGAGGGAUUGUGUUCAAAUAAACUGUCAAUCCAACAUUACAUCAAACCCUUCUUUGGAAAGUCUUACGGUACAAUUGUAUUCUGAUAACUUAAUUAAUGUAUGUUAGUGUCCAACUGAAAUGAGCUUUUCGUAUGGCAUCUGAAUGUUUCUAGUUUAUCUUGUUAAAAGUGUCUUAUUUUUUAGACAUGUUGACAAAAAGAAAAGUUUUAAUAGUUUUAAAGCUUGUGUGAACGAAUAUAUUAAAGUGAUUUAGAAAAAUGUC